CUCCAACUUGCAAUGGGAAUGAAUGGGUCGUCACUCUAGACUUGUGAGAAAAAAAAAAAAUUCCAAAAUGGGAAAAGAAGAAAAAGAAAGUGUCAAAGGCAUAAUGAAUUUCAUUACCGUGUAUUCUCUGUUCUCUGUUUACUGAAACAUGGUCUUUCUCAUUUUCUCCACACGCUCUCCCUGUCCAAAACCUUCAUAUAUUACCCCGAAGCACCAACAUCCAAGAGAGUGUUCAGUGUUGUUACGUUAAGCUUAUCUCAAAACAUGAAGAUUCCUUGUUUCUCUUGUUUCUCGCCAUCGACCACUGAAAAAAACAACAACAACGAUUACCCAGAUGAAGAGAUCAACGAUGGGAGCUUUCGUUUAUUCACUCACAAGCAAUUGAAAUUAGCCACGCGCAAUUUUCAUUCCUCGGAGAAGGUUGGAGAAGGUGGCUUUGGAUCUGUCUUUAAGGGGAAGCUUGUGGAUGGAUCUUUUGUGGCGGUGAAAGUGCUUUCGGUUGAGGUGGAAUCCAUGCGUGGAGAGAGGGAAUUUGUGGCGGAAUUGGCCACACUUGCAAACAUCAAGCACCAAAAUCUUGUAAGCCUAAAAGGGUGUUGUGUGGAAGGUGCUUAUAGAUAUUUGGUCUAUGAUUAUAUGGAGAACAAUAGCCUCUACAACACUUUCUUAGGUUCGGAAGAGAGAAGGAUGAGAUUCAAUUGGGAAAUAAGGAAGGACGUAUCCAUAGGUGUGGCUCGGGGGCUUGACUUUCUCCAUGAGGAGCUUAAGCCUCAUAUCGUACAUAGAGACAUCAAAGCCAAAAACAUACUUCUUGAUAGAAAUUUCAUACCAAAGGUUUCAGAUUUUGGUCUGGCAAAAUUGCUGAGAGACGAAACAUCUUACAUCAGCACUCGGGUAGCAGGGACAUUGGGUUAUCUAGCUCCAGAAUAUGCAAAUUCCGGCCAGGUUUCGCGAAAAUCAGAUGUUUAUAGCUUCGGAGUGUUGCUUUUACAAAUUGUGAGUGGCCUAGCAGUGGUGGAUGCCUAUCAAGACAUUGAACGUUUCAUAGUGGAGAAGGCGUGGGCAGCGUAUCAAUCUAAUGAUCUAUUAAAAUUGGUGGAUCCCAUGCUUAAUAUGAAUUUUCCAGAGGAAGAGGCAUUGAAAUUCCUCAAGGUGGGGCUGCUUUGCGUGCAAGAAACUGCCAAGCUUAGGCCACGAAUGUCAGAAGUUGUAGAGAAGUUGACCAAGGACAUUGAUAUGAGAGAUGUUCACAUUUCGAAGCCAGGGUUCGUUGCUGAUCUCAGGAACAUCAGAAUCAAACAACAAAACCUAAACUCGUCCGAGGAAUCAAGUUCUGCUGGAGCAACCUUUACAAGCUCCAUUUCGAGUUCGGCCAAUCUUGCUCGUUAUUUAUUAGAUUGAGCACGUUUUAUCGGCAUCAUCCUCGAUCCGUAUCGUAAUUGUUUUACAAUUAGUUUAUAACCGACCCGAUAAAACAACAUACACCAAGAUUGAACAUGUUUUUAGGAUUAGGAUCAUGACAAAAUUGGUCACCCUGUAUAGCGGUGAGGAGGAUUGAUCAGUGUUUAUAGUCAUUUUUUGUUCUUUGGUUGCAUAGGUUGAUUUUUUAAGAUUUUUUGUUCUUCCGGAGAAAGAAAAAAAUAUAUUCUUUUUUGACUAGGCUGCGGAGUCACAUUGGGCGUGCUUUGUGCACACUGCACAGGGUAAGUAAGUACAAAGUGUAGACCAUGUCCUCAUGUCAAUAAUUUUUUCAUCAACUUUCCAAAUCAAUUGGAUGAUGUUAAUUUGUUACGAAGAAAGAAAGAGAUUGAUCAGAGCAAAUGCUAAUAUGUGGUACUG